AUGCCACUUAACAGACCAACUACAACUAAUGCUUUUUUAGACUUCAUUAAAAACUAUUCUCUACGAACACCUGACACACCAAAUGUGGAAUAUGAUCAGCUGGUUUCCGGUUUAAAGGACGGUAGUAUGGUACUUAUAGAUGUCCGAGAUGCAUAUGAACUAGACAAAUUCGGAAGAUUUCAUCAAAACGCAAUAAAUGUACCACUUGACCAAUUAGCAGAAACAUUCAAUAUGUCACCCGAGCAUUUUAAAGUUUUAUAUGGAUAUGAUUUACCGGAACUGGAAGACAAUAUAGUGUUUGUUUGUCGUAGUGGUGAACGAAGCAGUAGUGCUGUGGAAAUGGCGAUAGAAUACGGGUAUGAAAAGUAA